CCGGUGUCUGAAGUACAGAGUUGAACCAGAGGAAGCUCGAGAAGACACAGAUAAAAAGAGAUCAUCAAUGGCUUCGAUGGUGGCAGCUGCUGCUUCUGGGACUUCCCUCCUUAAGCCGACCACCCCGUUCCUCGGCCAAGGCCGGUCCAACAUUAACCCUCUUAGGGAUGGCGUCUCUAUGGGGUCCGGCAAAUACACCAUGGGGAAUGAGUUGUGGUACGGGCCAGACAGAGUGAAGUACUUGGGCCCAUUCUCGGCCCAGACUCCCUCCUACCUGACCGGAGAGUUCCCCGGCGACUACGGGUGGGACACUGCCGGACUUUCCGCUGACCCCGAGGCCUUCGCUCGCAACAGGGCCCUCGAAGUGAUCCACGGGCGGUGGGCCAUGCUCGGGGCGCUCGGCUGCAUCACCCCUGAGGUGCUCGAGAAGUGGGUCAAGGUUGACUUCAAGGAGCCGGUCUGGUUCAAGGCUGGAGCCCAGAUCUUCUCGGAGGGAGGGCUCGACUACCUGGGUAACCCGAACCUGGUCCACGCCCAGAGCAUCCUGGCGGUGCUCGGCUUCCAGGUCAUCCUCAUGGGCCUCGUCGAGGGCUUCCGGAUCAACGGGCUCCCUGGGGUCGGAGAGGGCAACGACCUCUACCCCGGUGGACAGUACUUCGACCCGCUAGGCCUUGCUGAUGACCCCGUCACCUUUGCCGAGCUCAAGGUGAAGGAGAUCAAGAAUGGGAGACUUGCCAUGUUCUCGAUGUUCGGGUUCUUCGUUCAAGCCAUUGUGACCGGGAAGGGCCCACUCGAGAACCUGUUGGACCACCUCGACAACCCGGUAGCUAACAAUGCUUGGGUCUACGCCACCAAAUUUGUUCCUGGUUCGUAAGUUUCUGGAAAUUUUCAAUCAUAUUGGAUGAGAAAGAAGAAACCUAAUUCGUGGAUUGAUCGAUGAUAUUAACGGUUGUGUAUGUAUCGUGUACAUUAUGCAAUAUCAUAGCUGCAGUAUAAAGCAGAAUUCCAACAGAU